UCAACUGACUACUCGGAACCGAGAGCUGAGAGUGCCAUGUGACACUGCCCUGGACCCCUGGACGCGCACAGGGCCCACAGGCCUCAGCCCCGGAGCAUGGCAAGCCCCGAGCACCUUGGGAGCCCUGGCUGGACAGCACCUGUGACCCAGUGUGCAGCAAGGACCAAGCAGGAAGCACCCGCCACUGGCCCUGGCCUCCCACAUCCGGGACCUGCAGGGCACUCAGACACGCACAGCAGGCCGAGCUCCAACUCCAGCAUGACCACGCGGGAGCUGCAGGAGCACUGGCAGAACGAGAAAUGCCACUGUAAGCCUGUCAAACUGCUCUUUGAGAUUGCUUCUGCACGCAUCGAGGAGAGAAGGGUCUCCAAGUUUGUGAUGUAUCAGAUCGUGGUCAUCCAGACCGGGAGCUUCGACGGCAGCAAGGCCGUGCUGGAGCGGCGCUACUCGGACUUCGAGCGGCUGCAGAAAGCCCUCCAGAAGUCGUUCAGGGAGGAGCUGGAAGACGUGGCCUUCCCCAAGAAGCGCCUGACGGGCAACUUCACCGAGGAGAUGAUCAGCGAGCGCAAGCAGGCGCUCAAGGAGUACCUGGGGCUGCUCUACGCCAUCCGCGGCGUGCGCCGCUCGCGCGAGUUCCUCGACUUCCUGACGCGGCCCGAGCUGCGCGAGGCGUUCGGCUGCGUGCGCGCGGGCCGCUAUGCCCAGGCGCUGGAGCUGCUGGCGCGCGUGCUGCCGCUGCAGCAGAAGCUCACGGCGCACUGCCCGGCCGCCGCCGUGCCCGCGCUCUGCGCCGUGCUCGUGUGCCACCGCGCGCUCGAGCGCCCCGCCGACGCCUUCGCCGCCGGCGAGCUGGCGCUGCAGUGCCUGCAGGCGCGCGAGGGCCACCGCUACUACGCGCCGCUGCUCGACGCCAUGGUGCGCCUGGCCUACGCGCUGGGCAAGGACUUCGUGUCGCUGCAGGGGCGCCUGGAGGAGAGCCAGCUCCGCAAGCCCGCGCCGCGGGGACUCACGCUCAAGGAGCUCACGGUGCGCGAGUAUCUGAACUGAGCCGCGGGCGCGGGCGAUCCGGGCCCCUCGGCGCGGCGCGCGGGACUCAGGACCAGCUCCUCCUCUGCGCCUCCAGUGCCUGCACGGAGCAGAGAUGCUCCCGGGACCCCUGGGAAGGCUCCGCUGUGCCCCGUGUGCCCUCGCUGCCAGCUGCCAGGCCUAUCUCAUCUCACACCGCAGACCCAGAUGCCGGAACUUGGGGGGAGUGGGGUGGGCAGCUUGGCACAAGCAUCGCUUGGGACGCCCGCGUGCCCUAUGGGAGUGCCUAGGUUCCAGUCCCGGCUCCACUCCCAAUUCCAGCUUCCUGCUCGUGCAUACGCUGAGAUGAUGGCGCAAGCACGCAAGGCCCUGCCACGCACGUGGGAGACCUGGAUUGAGUUCCACGCGCCUGGCUUCCACCAAGCUCAGCUCUGGCUGUUGCAGGCAUUUGGGGAAUGAACCAGCAAAUGAAAGUUUCUCUCU